ACAACCCCGCCCCUAAUGCCCGGCUCCGCCCCCCACCUGGACCCGCCCCCUUCCCUCCAGCCCCGCCUCCCCCCCACCCCGCCUCGCCCCAUCCUGCUGCUCCCCCCAGACACCUUCGCCCUGCUGUCCCGCGUGCGCAACAAGCCCUACGACGUGUUCGGUUGCUGGCUCACGGACACCAGCUUGAUCUCGGGAAACCUGCACCGCAUCGGGGACAUCACGUCGUGCUCCGUGCUCUGGCUUAACAACGCCUUCCAGGACGUGGAGUCGGAGAACGUGAACGUGGUGAAGCGGCUUUUCAAGAUCCAGAACCUCAACGCUAGCACCAUUCGCACCGUCAUGGUGGCCGACUGCAGCCGCUUUGACAGCCCGGAACUCCUGCUGGACGCCGGCGCCCCUGGCGCAGACCACGGCCGUGUCUUCGACCUGAGCAGCGACAGCAAGGACCAGGCAGUCGACCCGGGCCCGGCCCGCACCAAGGGCUUGCGGCGCCUCCUGGAGGGCCGGGCCCAGCUCCAGCCGUCAGAGUGCGCGCUGGAGACCAAGGCGGCCGAGCUGCUGGCCCGGGGCCACACCAAGGCCCCCGAGCGCAGCACGGCCGCCGCCGGCAACAAACUCCUCAUCUUCACCACGGGCUGCUUCACCUACUCGCCGCACCAGAUCGGCAUCAAGCAGAUCCUGCCGCACCAGAUGACCACGGCGGGGCCCGUGCUGGGCGAGGGCCGGGCCUCCGACGCCUUCUUCGACGCACUUGACCACGUCAUCGACGUGCACGGACACAUCAUCGGCAUGGGCCUGUCCCCCGACAACAGGUACCUGUACGUAAACAGCCGCGCCUGGCCCAGCGGCUCGGUGGUGGCCGACCCCAUGCAGCCGCCGCCGAUCGCGGAGGAGAUCGACCUGCUGGUGUUUGACCUCAAGACCAUGCGGGAGGUGAAGCGGGCCCUGCGCGCCCACCGCGCCUACACGCCCAACGAUGAGUGCUUCUUCAUCUUCCUGGACGUCAGCAGGGACUUCGUGGCCAGUGGGGCAGAGGACCGGCACGGCUACAUCUGGGACCGCCACUACAGCACCUGCCUGGCCAAGCUGCGGCACCAGGACGUGGUCAACUCGGUGGCCUUCAGCCCCCAGGAGCAGGAGCUCCUGCUGACGGCCAGCGACGACGCCACCAUCAAAGCCUGGCGCUCGCCACGCACGGUGCGUGCCCACCAGGCCCCGCGCCCGCGCCCCUUCUUCUCCUGGCUCGCCAGCCAGAGGCGCUGAGGGCGCCGAGACCCACCGAGGAGGCCGCGGAGGCCCUUUUCCGGGGGUUGGGCAGCUGCCCAGAGCGCGCGGGGGCAGAGAAGCUUGCUGCAGAGAUGCCCUAGGACGGGGGCCCCGCAGGGCCACGGCGGGGGACGGCCUGGCCCCCCCCACGCUCGUGCACGCACACCGCCUCCCACAGCAGCCGGGGCCGUCUCCGGCUGGCCUGGGCUGCACAGGCACUGGGCCCCCGCUGUCCACCCACCCCCUUCCCCGGGGCCUGGGCUCUGGGACAGUCUGCACAACACGUUCCCCUCGGCCAGCCCUGUGGGGCCCUGGCGGUGUUUGCUGGGCCCAGCCUUGCCCAGGGAGCCCGGCUCCCUCCUCUGGGAGCUUCCCAGCGUCAGGGUCGAGAUGGGGGUCAGGCUGCUGCGGGCCAGGCCGCCAUGGGCCCAGGGGACCUGCGUGUCACUGGUCACCUGUUCACGGGCUGAAUAAACAGCUGGC